ACGUCGUCUAGUGUUCUGUGUUCUGAUCCCAGUGUACGCGGCCACAGUGUGUCUACCAUGUCACUGGUCCAGACAUACACUUCCUUCUCCCAUUCCACCUCCAGAUCCUCCGUCGCAGAAACACUUCAAUCAAUCAUCAACGCCCCCCUCACCGUCGAUCCAUCCGCCCGCCCAGAACUCGUCCAGACUAUUCUCGAUGACCUCAAAGCAGCUCUCAUAGAUAACAAAGAUGGCAGACUACUAUCCGAAGAUGCCCCCUUGGCCCUUGCGACCCUGAAGGCUCUCGGGCGUAUGCCCACCGAAGCUGCGGUUCUUGCCAAAUCCUCGAAUCUCGCUCUCCUUCUGAAGUUUUACAACAAACUCGAUAACAAGCAGGAGGGAGGCAAUGAAGCCCUUCGAUGUGUUGCCAAUACUCUUCUCCUUGUCGAGGCCGCUCGUAUGACCUGGAUCAGCGAGGAUGUUGAGGGUGGCGAAACUUGUGUCGAAUUACUCCAGACAAAGACCUCGCCCGAGGCCAUCUUCCUCAUCAGCCGCAUCUUGUUUCUGUGCACAGCGUCUUCGCACUCUUCCGGAGUGUUCAUUACGAAGCUCGUCGAAAACAAGCGCUCAACCCCACACGGUACCGGCACAAUCGUUGACAUAAUCGAAGUCAAACUGGAUGAUCUGCUUAAUGACAUAUUAGCCGGAACGCCUAUGGCUCGUGAGGCCAUGAUGGAUCUUCUCAAAUUCAUCUUUAAUCUCUUGUUGCAUUAUCCCAAGAUUGUGGACUGCGAGAUCCAGACCCUUGGAGCUCGUGCCUCUACAUCUAGUGCAACAGAUGCCUCCAAAGUAAUGGGUGACUUCUGGAGUUCUCGUCUCGAUGGUAUCCUUGCCCCUCUCCUCCGGGUAUUUAAUUACCUUCCUCUCGCCACCUCAAAUCCUCUGGCACCCCCUCUCACUCAUGUACUCCACUCACUCAUCGUUAUACCCGUCUCUUCCUCUCUCCGAGUAACAUGGUUCGGCAAACGCUCAUCCACGUCCUCAACUUCCAGACAGUCUCCCAAACCCGUAUCGUCCUCUGCCUCGUCCGCAUCCGAACAGAGUCUGGCCAAUGGUGACGAUUCGACAAAGGACUCGCCUGUCUCCGGCAGCCCCACCAUCACCUCAAGCCCGACCAGCGGCAGAGAACACAGAGUCCGCCCUGCACUGGACAAAGCUCUGUCCGCAAUGGUCUCCGCCAGCCGCCGCUCCUUCUCCUCCCGCCCGUCGUCCGUCCGCUCGACCUCGCGCGCAGCCGACACCGUACAGCGCGCCACAGACCUGCUUGACGUCUCCCUCGCGCACUUCAUCUCGGGCAGCACAGACCCAGACGACCCUUCAGUGCGCGAGCUCUGCAAGCGCGAGGGCGAGACCAACCUCGACGCGAUCCUCUGCCCGCUCGUCGUCCUCCUCACCCGCUUCUGCCACUCAGACGACCCCGUCAAACUCCGGCUCCGCAACUGGCUCGUGCCCGACAACCUCGACCGCUCCACGCCGCUCCAGCACCGCGCCGACACGCUCGGCCGGUGUCUGCGCCUCCUCGCCAGCAUGUACCACAGUCGUCUGUGCGACGCCAUGGGCGGAUUCCUCUUUGCCAUGUGCGACUCUGACGCUGCAACCCUCUCCGCCUACUUUGGAUACGGAAACGUCGCCGGCUUCCUCUUCAAGAAGAACAUCGUUGCUCCCCCACCUCAGUCAUCGCUUACGGUCACAGGACCCGACGCGGGACGAGCAAUCAACCCCAUCACCGGAACAUACCAAGAAGAGCAGCCGGAACUGGACAUGACCGAAGAAGAGAAAGAACAAGAGGCCGAGAAGCUGUUCUCGCUGUUCGAACGACUAGAAAGGACUGGGGCCAUCCAGCCAUCCCAGAAUCCCGUCCGGACGGCUAUCCAGCGCUCGAUGGGCGGUAAUCCCUGAUAUCAUUGCACUUUCAUCCCUUCUCCAGACUCACCGUUAAUCAUGACGAUACUUGACCCAAUAUGCCCUUAGCCAUAGGAUAUAUACCCCCUAAUUAUUAUAAUGAGGACAUGAUCAUACCAUGUUUUUAAC